AUGGCCGAAUCUGGUAUUGAUUUAGGUUACGAUCUGUCGGCCCUCUUAACCGACGAUUUCGAUAUCGAAAGUGCAAUCGAUUUCGACGAUCUCUUGGGCACUCCGAAAAAUCAAGAAUUUUACGAACUAACUUCUAAAACAAUGCCUGUUAACGAAAGUCCUCCGAAUCUCAAAACCGCCACUCCACUCUCCAGAACCCAACUCAAAUUGCAACUCAUGAGAGACCAGGCGCUUAUGGAACAAGAGCGACAAGCGCAGGAGAGGGCGAGACAGGCUCAAGCUCAAGCUCAAGCUCAGGCGAUGCAGCCUCGUCCUCCAGCCACAGCCAUGAAAGUGCCAUUGCACAGUUUAGCGGUAGAUGUUCCUCCUCAAGUUUUACAAGUUCAAACAAAACUAGCCAAUCCUACUAGGUACCAUGUGAUACAGAAACAAAAAAGUCAAGUGCGCCAAUAUCUUAGUGAAUCAUUCCAAGCGCCAGGCGGUGCCAAUUUUUUGACUAAUUUGCAUCACAAUGGCGUACCGCAGACUCAUAGUGCUCCAGGAAUGGCCACGGUACCACCGGGAUCUAUGACAGGCGUAAUGCCACAGCAACCGGUCGCACAUUCUCAUCCUUUUCAAGUCUCGUGUCCUAGUCCUGACCCGGUGGCGAUGUCACCAGCACUGAGCUCCGGCGCCACAAGCACCUCUGAGGCUGAAGAUCUAAUCGACGAUCUGCUCUCGUUGGAAUCAAGUUCCCUUGCUUCUGAUAGUUUCAAGACAUCCGACAAUUCUCUCCCCGGAACCGACAUAAACAUCAAAAAUGAGCCGUUCGUUCUUAGCGACGCCGAGCUCCACGCUCUUGCUAAAGAUCGACAGAAAAAAGAUAACCACAAUAUGAUCGAACGUAGACGAAGGUUCAAUAUAAAUGAUCGAAUAAAAGAACUCGGGACUCUCUUGCCGAAGAAUAACGACCCUUAUUACGAAAUAGUGAGAGAUGUGCGGCCGAAUAAAGGAACGAUAUUAAAAUCAUCAGUAGAAUAUAUAAAGUGUCUCAAAAACGAAGUACAAAGAUUAAAGCAAUCGGAGAUUAGGCAGAAACAAAUCGAACACAUUAAUAGAAGGCUGCAACUCCGAGUCCAGGAGCUAGAGCGGCAGAUGAAAUCUCACGGUCUUCCUCUAUCCGAGUUCAAUUUCCAAGGGUACUCCUACAAUUCGUACCAAAAGAACCAGAACCAGCCACCUCCGACCACCAUGCUACCUCCCAUUAUGCUGUCGGAUCCCAACAAGAAGGGCGCUGAUUUGGCUUUCCAGAUGCCGGACGUCAUCACGGAUGCCACUCUCAGUCUGUCGGCCAUGGAGGAACUCAUGGACGACGACGAGCCCGUCAAUGGAGACCCCAUGCUGUCAUCGCCCAACGACCUCUCGGGAGAGCAGCUGCUGACGUCGCCGACCCACCCGGGACAGGAUAGUUUGCUGUGCGAACCGCGACUACCGACUCCCACCAGCCACAUAGAGCACGUCGACGGCGAUACUUUAGACAUAGACAUGAUUGCAUGAUAUUAGUGUCCCCGUGGAUGGGUUUUCGAUGGAAGUCACCACGACAGUGACUGCAAUAUUACUAUUAUCGAACCUAUAUAUAAACCACUAUCGUAGAAAGCCUGCUUUCUCUGGUUUACUUAAAACUUAGGUUUAUUCAGCAUUUAGUGUGAAGAUACGACUACAACAUGAGUUAGAACUUUUGUUACGUAGAGAUGUAUUUGAACGUAUGGUCAGAAACGAAAGUGGAGACGCUUGUCGUCGUCUUGGUUUACGCGGCACGUGCCGAAACCUACGUUGACAGCCGACAAACUCCUCCCAGAUGCUUUCGUUUUUGAUCGUACAGUAUUACGGUGACGUCAAGUGCCUUCGUAGCUCAAAUUUUAUAGAUACAUUGUCGUCUGAGAUAUAUAAAUAAGCCAAAUAUGUGUAAAUAAAAGUAUUGUGAUGUUUUUGGGUAGGGUAUUUCAAACCAUUUGUUUUUUUUUUUGUUGUUAAUAACGAAAAUAGAUUUUAACAUUGUUUUAAAUGAAUACCUAAGAAAUAUCGACGAUUAUUAUUA